AUGGUUGAGGAGGAAUUCAAAUUGAUCUUCUCGGAUCAGAUUUUAAACAAUCUGCUGAGUCUCUUUUCAGGAUCAAAUGUUACUCCAGAUAAGCUCAGAUUCAAGGUGGCGGAUGUGGUCACCAUCCUCACGGGCCAAUCAGCGCAUCACUUCUCUAGUGUAGAUCCGGUAACUGGCCAUAUCAUUGGUGCAAUCGCCGGAAAUGAGUUAUUCAAUCUUGGUGGUAAAGACAAUAAGUUAGGUAUCGUCGGGAAAGUGGUUCUGGACAAUAUUAUAAGUGAAAAGUUCAAGAGAAAGAUUGUAACAUGGUCCACAGGCAGUGAACCGUAUGCUAAAUAUAUUAAAGAUACAUCAGGUAUUGCCUCAGGCCGUGCUUUGAUAUCGUCACCUUUCGAUUAUCAUGAUCGUCGUUUAUUUGAAGACCCUGAAUUUCCGACAUGUGACAAGAGUUUAUUCUUCCAUACAGCAUCGUCAAAACGUAUUGAAUGGAAGAGACCUGGAGAAAUCGUUGACAAUCCACGAUUGAUCUACGAGGGUCACUCACGUUUCGAUGUGGUUCAAGGAUUGCUAAGCGAUUGUUGGUUACUCGCAGCUGUCGCCAAUUUGACACUUCGCGAUGAACUCUUCUAUCGUGUUGUUCCACCAGAUCAAAGUUUCACUGAGAAUUAUGCGGGAAUAUUCCAUUUCCAAUUCUGGCAUUACGGUCAAUGGGUUGACGUAGUGGUGGACGAUCGUUUACCAACAUCAAACGGCGAAUUAGUAUAUAUGCAUUCCAGAGAGAAUAAUGAAUUUUGGAGUGCCCUAUUAGAAAAAGCUUAUGCAAAGUUGUUUGGAUCGUAUGAGGCGUUGAAAGGCGGUGCCACAGCAGAGGCGUUAGAGGAUAUGACUGGUGGAUUAACGGAAUUCUAUGAUCUAGAAAAUCCGCCCGAAAAUCUUAAGGAAAUAAUGGAGCGUGGUUUUGAAAAGGGAUCGCUGUUCGGAUGUAGCAUUGAGGCUGAUCCACAUGAACACGAAAAACGAAUGCUAAACGGAUUGGUUAAGGGUCAUGCGUAUAGUAUCACUGGAAUGCGUACCGUGAAUGGACGCCGUGGUCGCACAACAAUAUUGCGUAUUCGUAAUCCAUGGGGUAAUGAACAGGAAUGGAAUGGGCCGUGGUCAGAUCGUUCGCUUGAAUGGCGGAGAAUAUCGGAACAGGAAAAAAAAGAGAUGGAUUUAAAAAUCGAACAUGAUGGAGAAUUUUGGAUAUCAUUCGAUGAUUUUGUGCGUAAUUUUCAGAGAUUGGGGAUUUGCAACUUAGGACCUGAGGUUAUGGAUGAAGUAAGUCUAAUUGCUUUAUACGCGUCCAUUGAAAUCGCAUCGAUAGUAACCCAGACGGUUGUGUGA